GCUAUGCCCUCCCCAAUACGGAAGCGGUGGGAUCCCAGGGGUCCGACAGCGGGUGGGUCGGAACCAUGGGGGAGCCCUGGGCGGCUCGGGGUGCAGAAGGAGCGCCCGCGCGGUUGCCACUGGUGCUCACCGCGCUGUGGGCUGCAGCCGUGGUAUUGGAGCUGGCUUACGUGAUGGUGCUGGGACCCGGGCCGCCCCCGCUGGGACCCCUGGCCCGGGCUUUGCAACUGGCGCUGGCUGCUUAUCAGCUUCUUAACCUGUUGGGCAACGUGGGACUCUUCCUGCGCUCCGAUCCCAGCAUUCGGGGCGUGAUGCUGGCUGGCCGCGGCCUGGGCCAGGGUUGGGCUUACUGUUACCAGUGCCAAAGCCAGGUGCCGCCGCGCAGUGGGCACUGCUCUGCCUGCCGCGUGUGCAUCCUGCGUCGUGACCACCACUGCCGCCUCCUGGGCCGCUGUGUGGGCUUCCACAACUACCGGCCCUUCCUGUGCCUGCUGCUUCACGCGGCUGGGGUCCUGCUCCACGUCUCGGCGCUGCUAAGCCCUGCUCUGUCAGCCCUGCUGCGGGCCCACUCGGCCCUCUACACGGUGGCUCUGCUCCUGUUGCCCUGGCUCAUGCUACUCACAGGCAAAGUGUCUCUGGCCCAGUUCGCCUUAGCUUUCGUGGUGGACACAUGUGUGGCAGGUGCACUUCUGUGUGGUGCUGGACUGCUUUUCCAUGGGAUGCUCCUGCUGCGGGGCCAGACCACCUGGGAGUGGGCCCGGGGUCAGCACGCCUAUGACCUGGGCACCUGUCACAACCUGCAGGCAGCCCUGGGUCCGCGCUGGGCCCUAGUCUGGUUCUGGCCUUUCCUGGCUUCCCCUUUGCCUGGAGAUGGGAUCACUUUCCAGACACCAGCUGAUAUGGGUCUCGUGGCUUCCUGAGUCCAGGGAGAGCCAGAACUGAAUAGGGAGAAAGGGAGCAGAGGAGAACGCUGGGAACUUGCUUUCAACUUCAUGCCAGCCACGGGAGGAAGGCCAGGUUGGCCUUUCAUGCCUCUAGUGGGCAGCUCUAGCUCCCUCCUUGGACCUGCCCAGUGUGGGCUCUUCCACAUGGAGAGUUCAGACACUGCAACUCUGCCCCUUUUGGUGGUGGUGGUGGGGUUUGGCAAGGGGUCUACUUGGCUUGCCUGUCUGCCCCUCUACCGUGCCCACCUGCUUCUUGGCCUCCCCCAUCUUUGCUGGGUUCCUGUCCCUCACGUUGUCUUGCUUGUUGUUUUCCAGUUCCCAUGGUUGUCAGGCCUGGAGACUACUGAAGGCAUGAGAUCCUAACGGGCCUUGGAAGGGUGUGGUGGGAUCUAGGCAGGGAGAAGCCAAGUGUGCCCUAGAGGAUAGCACUCCGUAGACACAUCUCUGCAGCAGGGGUUUUAGGGAAGCUCUUGUAGCUCACCUGUGUGUGGGGCCAGGGUUGGGAUCUUUGUUCUGUAAGAAACAUAAAGCCCUGCUAGACCGUGUGACAAGACUGUGGGGUAGAAAUGUAGACCUUGCUCAAGGGAAUCCACCUGCUUCUGCUUUUACCUUUUUUUUUUUUUUUUUUUUAAUUUCAAGACAGGGUUUCUCUUUGUAGCCUUGGCUGUCCUAGAACUCACUUUGUAGACUAAGCUGGCUUCAAACUCAGAGAUGAUCCUGCCUCUGCCUCUGCCUCCCAAGUGCUGGGAUUAAAGGCAUGCGUCACCACAACUGACUUGCUCCUGCUUUCUUUCUUUCUUUCUUUUUUUUUAAAGAUCUUUUAUUUAUUUAUUUUAUGGAUGAGUGCUCUAAUUGCCUGUAUGCAUUUAUGCCAGAAGAGGGCAUCAGAUCCCCCUAGAGAUGGUUGUGAGCCACCAUGUGGUUGCUGGGAAUUGAACUCAGGACCUCUGAAAGAGCAACCUGUGCUCUUAACCGUUGAGCCAUCUCUCCAGCCCCUUGCUCCUGCUUUCUGAGUGCUACAAUUAAAACAUUCACCACCAUGCCCGGCCCAAGAGGUUAGAGUUAAACCCAGGUCUUUUAAUCUGCUUUACUUUUCACGGCUGAAGUGAGUAGGUAAAACCAACCAGCUUCCAGGUGUUCCAGAGCCUGUGAAAGAUGGUUUUAAUAUUUAUUUUUGUGUAUGUCUGUCUGGGCACAUGAGUGUGCUUUAACGCAUGCACGGUCAUGUAUAUGGGGGUGCCCAUGGAGACCAUAAGAGGG